AUGAGCUCAUCUCAAGGGUGCUCACCCCGAGAUCCCAGGUGGCGUGACUCACAGCUCAAGGAGCAAUUGAAUACUGCAAGAACGCUGCGCAAGGCCGUGGAGCAACAAUUCCAGGCGAAGCCGAAGCCAGCCACCAAAGACUGGGCUGGUACUGGAGUCGCCCAGAAGUUGCAGAAGAGGGUCCUUGCCUCAGAGCACCUCGCUCGUCUGCUGAUGCAGCGUGUGGAAGGAACGGAGCUGCUGAUUCGAAGAGUGAACCAGUCCUUAUUUCUGCUCACCCGAGAGCAGGAGUUGUUGAGAGUUCCCAGGGAGAUCUGUGACAGGAGGCUGCUUCUUCGGAGCCAGCGGCCGGAAGAGGAGGACGUUGAGGAUGACUUCCAGCUGGCCUUGGAGCGGGAAGAGCGCGUUCUCUCAUCCAGCAGCAGACACCUUGGUAGCUACAUUGAUGCCGGCGAGAAGUUGCAAGACACUCUGAUGGCCGCAAAAGACGAACUGGUGGCGGACAUGCAGUUCAAGAAGCACGCAUUGCGUUUGGAGAAAUCGGCACUGCAAUUCGACCCCUAUCACGGACGAGAUCGGGCCUGCGUGCUGCCAAUGGUGGCCGAAAAGGCAAAGGCUGGGAAGCAGAACAGCGCCACUUCAGCUGAUGGCGCUGUGCAGUCGGGCUACGACAUGACACCUUUCAAGUUUGGUACCACCCACAAAAGCUUAGACAAAGAGGAGACCUGGAGCGAGGAGACCAGUGAGAACAUUCACAGAUCUGUGAAGCACACCAACGAAUUGUUGGAAAGGACUCAGCAGCUGGAGAGAGACGCGGCCAAAUUCCUAGACGAUGCAGGCGAGCUAUCUGUGCGGGUGAAGCAACAGGUCAGGACCGCUCGAGAAGCUUGUCAGUCAUGUAUGCAGGCAAGCAUCUUCAACCUCUCUCAGCAAAAGCGUGAACUGGAGGAAAGUGUUGCGCAAGGCCAGCUGGAUAUCAACCGCACAGAGGCACUCCUUCAGCACAUGCAGAAGGAGAUCAAAGGUCAGAGAACGUCCCUGGAGCAGUGGGAACAGAGCCAGGAAAUUCCGCUUGAAAGGUUCGAUCAGCGCCUGCCGCUUGCAGUGCAGCAGGACAUGCGCCUCAGCGCCUCCGACCGAAUGCAGGAGCAGAUGCACAAUGCGAAGAGCAACGUGCAUGUCCUGAGCAGCAAGUGCGAGAAGAUGCGAGAGUUGCUGUCCCAACUGCGCAAUUCGAGCGAUCGACUGCAGAUGCACCUGGCAGCCGUCACAGCGUCUUGGAACAUCGACAUGCAGUGCUCCAAGAUCGCCUGCAACAAGGACGCAAGCAAGUCGUCCGUUUCAGCGUCGAGAUCGAAUACAGCAUCUCGCGCACCGGUGGCUGGCCACUUAUCGAAAGAGUCCCUCGCUCUGAUUCGCUCAAGGAUCAAGUCUGCUGCGUGCGUUGGACCGAAGCAGGGCUAUGAUGUCAUUUUCAAGCGCUUUGACAAGGAUGGCUCUGGCACGCUUUGCUUCGACGAGGUGAGAGGUGCCUUGCGUCGAAUCCUGAGGAUCCCGCCAUCCAGCCUCAAUGACUACCAGAUCUCCUCUUUGUGUGUUACGUUGGACACCAAUGCUUCUGGUAACGUCGACAUUGCCGAGCUUGUGUCCUUUCUCGGCACAGAAUCUCUCGAGGGCCGCCAUGGCCUACUUAAGGAGAAGCUGAACCAAGAUCUUGGCUUGAGCAAGGUCGAAGAUGACUGCUUCAAGCUGGAUUGCUUUGUCAACCGCAAGCCUCGCCAAAACAAGAGCCAGUGUUCGCCACAGCCAACUACCAGCAGCAAGAAUACAUUGCCGCAAAGUGUGGUGGACACGAUUCGGUCGAGGAUAAAGGCUGCCUCAUACGCUGGACAAAUGGGUCGCGAGAUCCAAGCAUUAUUUUCGCGUUUCGACUACAACGGCUCCGGGGUGCUGGAGGUGGAUGAAGUUCGCCAGGUUCUACGCAGAGCUAUGAGGAUCCCGCCCACAGUCAUCACAGACCAGCAGAUAUGGAGGUUGUGUGCCAUGUUGGAUGUGGACAAGUCAGGUGCCAUUAGCAUCGCAGAGCUCACUCGAUUUGUGGGAAAGGAGCCCAGUGGAAGGUGA